UCUGCGCGGGGCUGGGCGGGAAGUGCAGCGCGACGGGCUGAGGGAGGCGCCGGGCGGCGGGAGACAUGUUCCAGGGGUCCGAGAGCGAGGGUUUCCGGGCCGGUUCCAGGGCCAUGAAACCUCCAGGAGGAGACUCGAGCAACCUUUUCGGAAGCCCAGAAGAGGUUGUUCCUUCCAGUAGACCCAAUAGGAUGGCAUCUAAUAUCUUUGGACCAACCGAAGAACCACAGAACAUACCCAGAAGGACAAACCCCCCAGGCGGGAAAGGAAGUGGCAUCUUUGAUGAGUCGACACCUGUGCAGACCCGGCAGCGUCAGAACCCGCCUGGUGGGAAGACCAGUGACAUUUUUGGGUCCCCAGUCGCUUCCACUUCACCCUUGGCGCACCCAAACAAGCCCAAGGACCAUGUCUUGUUACGUGAAGGAGAAGACCCAAAACCGGACCUUGCAGCCACGGUGAGCACCCCUGCAAGAGAGGGGCCGGGUGAGAAGGGCGGCACGAGAGGCACAGACCCCACCACGGAGCCGGAGCUCACAGCCAAGGUCGACAGCCAUGAGCCCCGGUUGGGACCGCGGCCACGCUCCCACAACAAAGUCCUGAACCCCCCCGGAGGCAAGUCCAGCAUCUCCUUCUACUAAGAGAGGCCGGGGCUUCCCCAGUAGCCACACAGAAACUCAAGAGAGAGGGUAUCCCAUACUGUAGUUCCCUGUAGCCCGGAGGAGCGGGGGUGGGAGAGGGUUUGUCACAUGUCAGAAGCUGGCUGCUCAGGGGCUCUGCUCCUGUCGUGAGAACUGUGGAGAGAAUGGCCGCCCAGGCCCAGGAGACGCUCGUUUGUAAUUCCAGAUCUGAGAGGAGUUCCAGGGUGGGGAGGGUGCAGGCAGCUCUGAGGCCAGAGGCAGCGGGAUCCUCCAUGUCUCUGGAGCCUCAACCUACGGGCUCAGUGGGCGUCUGGGGGUGACUGAAACAGAAGCGGAGUUUACAGCGGUGGAAAGAAGACCAAGAGCUGCCUGUCCAUUACAGCGAGAUCAAGAACCAGACCUAAGCAGGAACACUGACGGGUGGGGGUCUCUGCAUAAAACCUCCCCUUUAGAUCCUGGUGCGAGUCACCCUUCAGGGGCACGGUCCUGUUCUGGAGCGCACCGCUGCUGCACCCAGCUGUCCCUUCACUGUUACCCCGGUGUCUUGUUCUGCUGCACCCAGCUGUCCCUUCACUGUUACCCGGCGUCUUGUUCUGCUGCACCCAGCUGCCCUUCACUGUUACCCCAGCGUCUUGUGUGUUCUUUUCUGGAAUCGUCUGGAGUACGUCUCCCUGGCAGCUUUCAACCCAAACCAAAAAGGUGCAUUUGAAGCGUUCUCUGCAAGUGUUCUGCUAGCCAGCUUUCCCUUUCCUCUUGUUCUCAGUCUUAGGCUUUACGAAAAAUGUUUGUACCCUGAUCCUUGGAGGUGCCCUGUUUCUGCUGUCUCAAACCUCAGCCCCGUCUUACAUAGGAGUCUCAGCCUUUCCUUCAUGAGGGAGUGGUUCUGGUCCCUUCGCAUGCCGGUUUUGCUUGCGAGUUGCUCCACUUUCUCUCCCAGCCUUAAGUCUGGGCCUUUGUCUUCGCCAUUGAUGUGGAUGGUUUCCUCCAGGAGUUACACUUCUUUCUAGACAGUCGGCCCCGCCCUCGGAAGGCCUUUUCAGUCUGUUCGCGGAUGUCUGGGUUACAGGCUUGUUUACGUGGUCUUACCUUACUCCUGUAAUCGGUUAAGAGGAAACAGAUACUUGAGAACCGAGGAUUCUUAGGUUGGAAUUCUUUAAUAAUACCUAAAGAGCUAUUUUUAAACACCAGCUUCCCAUCAAUGUCUUGAUUCCGAUCUGUUUCUGACACCUUUCCAGAAAAACGUCAGUUACUCAGGUACACCAAAGAGGAAGACAAGUUGCUUAGGCCGCCCUUUGUAAAGCUUUGCAGACCUCUGGGUCGUAUUUACAAACGACCUUCUGGAAGAGACUGGGAUCAAGUAAUUUGGCAACAAAGUCGCAACUGGCCAAGUCCAUGGUACUUGCCAGCAAAGAUAAUAGGCUGGCAAGAAUCAUGUCACCUUAAACUUCAGGCAAACCUUUCUCCCAGGCAACCCCUGAAGGGCUAUGAUCUUGAAUCCCAUACCUCCCUCAUGCUGGACCAUCUGUUAACAGGGGAGAAGGUUCCGGUGGGGGUGGCCAUUGGUGUGAGCACCGACAAAGCCAAUGUGAAGAGCUAGAAACACGUGUCUUUAUUAAAGCUAGUGAAGCACCUGCUGUACUUGGCCACCAAGUGUCUGCAGGAGAUCCCCGCCCAGCCCCUUCCUACCUGGCAGGCGGAGGGGCCACACGUGGCACUGCCAGCCAAAGAUUGCUCUUCCCCUUUGGAGCCAGGACAUGCACAUUCCCAUGCAUCUGUUGCAUACCGCCUGUCUCCAGCCUUCACAUGGUUUGCGUUUCAAAGUCGUCAUAAGAAAGUUGUUUGGAAUCCAGAGCAGUUUUUUUCCCAUUAAAAAACAAUGUUGUAAAUGGUAGUUAGCUUUUAAAUCCAAAUGCUCUAACUUGUUUAACUUGUAAUGUCAAUGAAAUAUUCUAAUGAUAGAAAGAACUACCAUUUACAGCAGUGUUUGUUUACGAGAAAAGAAAAGACUUGUAGAUUCCAAAUGGGAUGGCCAGGAAGAAGCCUGAUGUCAGAGCUUGGCCUUGUGACUCUCCCUCCUGUCCCUGCUCCAGCCCACCAGGGGAAAGCUCUUCUGGUCUUCUGCUGCCGCAGGGAGUUCCGUGGCAGUGACGGGGAAACCCGAAGGGGAAGAGAGGCUUUGGGGAAUGAGGGAAACAUGAGCUUUAGCAGGAGCCCCUGGGCAGCAGUGUCGAAUACACCUCACCUGCCUCUUCUCCCCGUCUUCCCUCUCGAGGCUGUGGGGUGGGUAUAGAGUGCCUGGGUGGUCUGUCCCCAGGGAGACAGAGCCCCCUGGGGUCGUUUGUGUCAGAAGAUGUUUUGUGCAUUGGGGACAGAUUCAGAAACUCAGCGUCAUGUUCUCAACCUCUAAGCUGCAUUGAGAAAUUACUAGUCUGUGUUUGUAUUAAGCCUUAAGACUUUAAGUGCAUUAGGUGCCAACGUUUUUCUAGAGCUGUAUCAAAACACACACCUGUACUCACAUCUCAGUCUAAUUUUGAUAGGAACAUUUUGUUAUUUUUACAAGGCAGAUUGGGUAUAACAGGUGAAUUAAACUUAGCAAUCAUGUACUCAAAAGUCUUUGCCUGUUUUGUGUCUGUGUGUGCACUUUUCUCAGUGGCCCGCCUCCAAAAUGCCUCUGCUCUGCUUCCCUUGCUGUUUUUCAUUGGUGAGGGGUCCCCCCCACCACUUUUCUCUUCCCCUAAUGUCCUGAGAAUAAUGCCCAAAUUAACCUUCUCAGAGGAAUUGCACAUUUAAGGUUUUUCCAUUUGAAAACCAAAGACUUGGUUUUGAGCAGAGCACUGGGAACAUGCCUGUGUUGUUUUCCAACUCCUGUGAGCUAAAGGUAAUGGUUUUUUUUCUUACCCCACUCAUUUUCCUAAAGAGCAGAGGUAUGGAUCUUGCCUCUGAGUUGGCUUUGAAACAGAUGACAAACCUUGUAAUGAGUGAGGGGCUGAGCUGAUAGUUUGUCAGAUUCAAG